AUGGACCGAUUUUGUUGCCGGCUGCUCUCAACGUCACCAGCUGGUACGAUCGUUGAUACAUCCUUUGGUCCAGCUGCUAGUGGGCCUUGUCAAGUUAACUCCUGGAGAACGUUGGCUCCCUCUUCGGUUUCAUUGUAUUGCCAUGCUGCAUAUUCUUGCCGGCGUGCCAGCAUUGCCUCCCGAUUCAGAUCAGUCCUCCGAUCCUACUGCGGCUGCUGCUGCUGCUGCUCAGCUGUUCCACUAACUGGAGCCGCUUUGUCUCCUGCUCACCGACUGCUCGUUCCAAGUCUACCGUUACUACUGGAUGUGUUCAAAAUGGUGAAUUUCAAUCGCCGGGCGCCUACACCUUCCAGAACUCCUUUCGAUCUACGUCUGUUACUCCACUUCUCUCCCAGUCAGCGCAAAGAGACCGCAUGUUUGGAUGCUAUCGUUAGCUGGUUAUUCGAUUUGCUUGCCGAAGCAGCAGCGAUUCAUGCAAAUUCGAUCGCUUUUCCGGAGUUUGUUCACCCGCUUAUUCAUGAACUGAAAUUGUUCUGCCACACAUGUCGAGUUUCCUCUUUCACGAGGCAAAUGAAGGCACUCCAAACCAAGCUUCGCGAGCAUGCCGAAUGGAUCGCCAUCCGCCGUCGUCGUCUACGAAACCUCGCUAAUCCGGAGGAAAUAAUUCAACUGGAAACCAGUUUCUCAUCACUUAACGACCCCGCAUUAAUAUCACCAUUUUAUGCGUUCUACAUCACCCACAAGAGGGUUCGAUCGAACGAACUUGCUCAACUCACGGCAAGUCACCAGAAGGAUGCAAUUCCAGACGAAUCUGUUGCUGGAAAACUUAAACCCUUGAAGGGAUUGGAUGAUAUCGAUUCCACCGAGUCGGACAGUGAUGCAUCUUACGAUGUAGACGAUGGGACGACCGUGACCCACGUGUCGAAGAAAUCAAACAACGCAGACCCCAGUGCACUUCCAGACCACACAAGCGAUGAGAGUGACUUCGAUUUAAAGGCCGCACUUGAAGAGGAAGAUUAUGAGGCUGACGACGAUCUGGUCGCGUCUGAAUCGGCACCGGAUGAAGUGACUGAGUUCGAGCUGAGCGACAGUGCCCAGGAGGAAAGCGACUCCGAUUCUCCCCAGGGCGUAUCGUCUUCCGCAACAUCUGUUCAUGAAAAGCACAAGAGGAAGAAAUUAAACGGAGCACAUGUGAUAAGACAUCCGGCAAAACGCGCCAAAUCACAUGUCAAUGUUAAAAAACGGAAGGGCAUUAAGGUUUUCAGGUCCUCAUGGUUGUAUGGCAGCGAAGCAUCAGUUCAAAUGGCUGAUGUACUGCUGUUGAUGAUGAUGAUGAUGACAGAAGCUUGUUGUUAG